GCACCGCGGGCUCUUUUCCCCGCUGCCGAGAGCGCGCGGCUGGAGGGAGGGAGGAAGGGAGCGCGAGGGCUCCCGCUACGGCAGGCCGCUUCCCCGCCGCUACCCGGACGGAGGCCCCCGCCAUGGCCAAGCACGUUUUCCUGACGGGACCGCCAGGUAACCCAACCCGGCGGAAGCGGAGAGGGAGGAAGGAGGGCGGGAGGCCCUGCCUGGGCAGCGGCCCGGUGCUGCGAGACUUCAGGAAGGGAAGGCGAGGCAGAGCUCGGCUGAAGCCAGGCCUCCUCUUCCGCUGCCUCCUCCCGGGCAGAAAGCGGAGCCGUGCCUCGGCUCCUUCCUGCCUGCCAGGGGCGAACUUACUUCCGAGUAAACGUGCUUAGGGCCUCACGCUCCCCCGCCCAUUCCCACGAUCGUCCUUCCCUGGCGUGUUUUGAGUCGCCUGCACGGGGUGGUUUCUAUCCCGAAACCUUUUUAAAUUGGAAAGGUUUGCGUUUAAGCGCUCAGGCUGCAAUCCUAGGUGCACCCACUUAACUUGACAAGAAGCUCCAUUGAACCCGGUGAAAUUUACAAGAAAAUAAAAUCUGAGUGGUAAUAGAGUGUAGCUGGGGCGGGGAACCCUUUUCAGCCAGAAGGCUUCACUCCCAUCUGGACGACCUUUCUUUGGGAGGGGGGUACAGGCCAGUGGCAAAAGUGGACAGAGCAACGAAUGCAGAUUUCAGUUUUGCACACCAGGCUAAAGUCUACACUGGCGCUUGUACAUCCGUCUCUGUCCUGGAAGCCAGAGGCAUUAUGAGAGAUCAAUGCUGCACACGCAAGGAGGAAGUUCCAAGAUGCUUGGUCCCCAGGCUUCAGGUUGUCUGCCCUGCUUGGACUAUUAUUUACCUGCAAUUAUUUACACUCUGAAAUAAACCUUGUUGAGUUCAGUGGGGUUAUUGUGAAGUAACUACAUAUAGAAUUACAGCCUUGUAGUGCAAUACUUUGACUGUGUCAACCACAGCAAACUAUGGCAAGUUCUUAAAGAAAUGGGAGUGCCUGAUCACCUCAUCUGUCUCCUGAGAAAUCUCUAUGUGGGACAAGAAGCUACAGUUAGAACUGGAUAUGGAACAACUGAUUGGUUCAAAAUUGGGAAAGGAGUAUGGCAAGGUUGUAUAUUGUCUCCCUGCUUAUUUAACUUAUAUGCAGAAUUCAUCAUGUGAAAGGCCGGGCUGGAUUAAUCCCAAGCCGGAAUUAAGAUCGCCGGAAGAAAUAUCAAUAACCUCAGAUAUGCAGAUGACACAACCUUGAUGGCAGAAAGUGAGGAGGAAUUAAAGAACCUUUUAACGAGGGUGAAAGAGGAGAGCGCAAAAUAUGGUCUGAAGCUCAACAUCAAAAAAACGAAGAUCAUGGCCACUGGGCCCAUCACCUCCUGGCAAACAGAAGGGGAAGAAAUGGAGGAAGUGAGAGAUUUUACUUUCUUGGGCUCCAUGAUCACUGCAGAUGGUGACAGCAGCCACAAAAUUAAAAGACGCCUGCUCCUUGGGAGAAAGGCGAUGGCAAACCUAGACAGCAUCUUAAAAAGCAGAGACAUCACCUUACCAACAAAGGUCCGUAUAGUUAAAGCCAUGGUUUUCCCAGUAGUGAUGUAUGGAAGUGAGAGCUGGACCAUAAAGAAGGCUGAUCGCUGAAGAAUUGAUGCUUUUGAAUUAUGGUGCUGGAAGAGACUCUUGAGAGUCCCAUGGACUGCAAGAAGAUCAAACGCAUCCAUUCUUAAGGAAAUCAGCCCUGAGUGCUCACUGGAAGGACAGGUCCUGAAGCUGAGGCUCCAAUACUUUGGCCACCUCAUGAGAAGACAAGACUCCCUGGAAAAGACCCUGAUGUUGGGAAAGAUUGAGGGCACAAGAAGGGGACGACAGAGGACAAGAUGGUUGGACGGUGUCCUCGAAGCUACAAACAUGAAUCUGACCAAACUGCGGGAGGCAGUGGAAGACAGGAGUGCCUGGCGUGCUCUGGUCCAUGGGGUCAUGAAGAGUCAGACACGACUAAACGACUAAACAACAACAGUGCAAUACUAUGCAUGCUUAUUCAGAAGUGAGUGCUACUGCAUUCAGCGAAGUUUAAUCCCAGGGAAGCAGGCGCAGGAUUGCAGCCUGACAUAAUUUAGCCCCAGUGUAGAAGGCAUAGUUAGGAUUGGUUGUAAGCCUGUUCUGCUUUAAAUGCCAGUACUAAAUAAAGGAAGUCAUUUGCACUGUUUGUGAGAGACGCUUCUCUCUGGUAAUAUUUAUCUAUGUAACAGCACAUAACUCAUUUUAUCAUCUUUACUAGACACCUGCGGCUAAGAAAAUGGCCUGAUUACUUAAGAUAUUUGGAAUUCCGCCUCCGCUUUCCACAUUGCUUCUGAGCCCCAUUAUCUCUUUUGUUCCAGAUCCAAAUAUGUCUACUGAAAAGUAUUCCAGCAUAGUGUUUGAAUUAAACCAGGUUUCUGUUGUCUUAGUAUUGUAGGUUGCAAAUAGGUAUGUCCUUUUCUCUGUAAAUAAUAUAGUGGUACCUCGGUUUAAGCCCUGUUUAUGAACUAUUCAGUAUACAAACUCAGCAAAACCAGAAGUAGUGUUUCGGUUAGCGAACUUUACCUCGGUCUAUGAAUGGUGGAAGGGCACUGGCGGUGGGAGGCCUCAUUAGGGAAAGCGCAGCUCGGUUUAAGAAUGGCUUUGGUUUAAGAUGGACUUCCAGAACGGAUUCGUUAACUGAGGUACCACUGUACAAUAAUGAUAAUAUCAAACCUUAGCAUUUAAACGUUUUCCACUCAAGACUGCAGCACUGUGCACACAGAGUGUGGUCUACUUCUGAAUAAGUAUGCAUAGUAUUGUGCUACAGUAUCUAUUCUGUUACUCCAUGAAAACACACAGUUGUUUGUAAUUUACAGAAGAAAUAUGGAAUUGGAUUUAUCUGACAAAACACAUUUAAAUAUUUUACAGAUCUCGCAUAUUGCUAUCAUUAUUAAGGUUAAUUUCUUUUUCUUUCCUUAUAACUCAUGCCACAUUUUUGAUCCUUGCAGGUUUUUGAAACCCUAUCUGCCCAUCAGUUACAGUGCAAGCACCCGUUCUUCCCAUUAACAUUUAGUUUGUGUGACUUAAUUAUUAAAAAAUGAUUUAGUACAUCAGCUCUAAAUAAUAUACAAUUAUCACUGUCCUCCUCUUUUACUGGAGUAAAUUGGAUUCCUGAAAAUUUAAAUUAUGAGCCAAGGAAACAGUCAUUUAUCAGUGGAUGUUAAUAUGAUUAUCCAAGAUGACGGCAAUAGAGCUUGGGGUGGGUGGAUGUUACAUUAAUAAGCAAAACUCUUUUAUCGUGUAGCAUUCUAGAAGAUGCAGAAAUUGAGAUGAUGGCCCUCAUUUAUCACUUCUGGGGAUAUUUGUCACUGGAGAUAUUUGUAAUAGAGAGGGCUACAAAAUACCUAAGCAGAUGCUCUUCCAUUUUUUUAGACUGUCCCUCUCUCUUAAAAACUGACACUUGGGAAUGUAUCCAAAAAAAGACAAUGGAUAUAUAUGCAAUGACCUAAUGUGUUAGUUGCCUGGGAGCUCCAAAAUGCAAAUGGCACAGCCUUGACCAUUCUCCCCCUGAAACAAAUGGGGAACAAUCUGAUCACAGUGUGUAGGAUCAUGUGCCCGGUAGACCAGGCCCAUUGUGUCAUGUCUUCAUGUUUCCAUCUCAUAUUUUUGCCAUGAUAAGGGGCACAAAGACUUACAAUAAUGAUGACUGAUGUGCAUGGUGAAUUCUUCUCAGCAUAACUUGCAGUGCAGGCUGCCACAACUGGAGGCCAAUUUGGAUGAAGCAUCCAUUGCAAGGGCAAUGUGUGCUUCAGUUAGGAGGAAGGAGCCAAAAGCGUCCAGAAAUACAUAUGUGUAUUUGUUUUGUUGCACAACCAUUAUACUGAAAACAAGGCUUAAAAAACACUCUUCUUGUUAUAGGAAUUGGGAAAACAACGCUGAUCCAAAAAGUCACUGAAGUUUUAAAAUCAUCCGGUAUCCCUAUUGAUGGAUUUUAUACAGAAGAAGUGAGAGAAGGUGGCAGGAGAAUAGGAUUUGAUGUUGUCACUCUGAGUGGAAGAAGAGGAAUUUUGUCUAGAGUUGGGUAUGACGUUUGAAAUUCACAUUCUGACACCUAAUCUGGGAAUGCCUUUGUAGAAUGCACAACUGCCCUUUGAAGCUCCUGUGCUGCUCAUUCAAGGGUAGCUGGAAUCAGAUGAACCGUUGAAGUGGUGAAUAAGAUUGUGAAGUCGCUGUGCUGAUCUUUAGUGUUGACUUGUUGCUGCUAAACAGCAAAAAACUCUUGUUACAGAAACCAAGCAAAGUAUCAGGGCAUGCAAUAAAUGAGAGGCAACAGGCACAGGGAUAGCCAGGGUCCACCAGAAUGAUGUGCAGUGCAAAUGACGAGCAACUGUACUCCCAGUUAAAAUUUACAGCAAGUUUCUGGAACAAUUAUAUGGGUGUUGAGCCAGUCCUACGCCUUUUUUAUAUCACCCCAGGGCAGUUACCAGUUUUUGUAGAAUUCUGUUCUUAGUAGCUGCCACUUUCUGGUUCCAGUUGAUGUGUUUCAUUGUGAUAUUGUGCAUAUAUCCCACCAGGAUUGCAAUAUUAGCAACCAUCUGGGGCAUCUAAGAAAGGUGGGAGGACAUUCUAAUGUGACUAAAGAGGGGCACUGCAAGGGCAUGUGAAAAUUUUGACAUGCUUCACAUAGUCUGAGGGUUAUCUGCUAAGGAACAGGGUUCUAGAAUGCUUUAUUGUUCACUGUGUUGGGUAUUUUCUUCCUUCCUUCAGCUCUGGUCCUUCCACAGCAAGGCGUGAAUACCGUGUUGGCCAGUAUGUAGUGGAUCUAAUGUCAUUUGAACAGUUGGCUCUUCCUUUGUUGAGAAAUGUGAGUAAUAUUUUGGAAUUUCUGGAGAACAAUAUGAAUAAAUGAAUAAAACAUGAUGAGGAGUUUAUAGUGAAAUGUCUUGUACUCUUCUAUCUUGGUAGAGCUUAGAUCCAGCACCCCUUUCCAUUGUCAGCUCCAUUUAUGAGUUUUCCCAGCUCCCACCAUCCUCCUGUCCCUCUGCACCCACAGCUUCCUACAUGUCUGUCUGUCUGUCUCUCCCCACCCCAUCCUCUUGCACUCCAUGGAAGAUGGUGUGUUACCCAGAGUUCUGGUGUGCAGUGUAAGAGUGGACACACAGUGUUUGGAGUCCCCUUCCUCCCAGUUCUCACAUUUGGUUUACAGGUUCAGAUUUCUGUUCAGUUGCAAAAAGGAACAAGUGAUUCUCAACACAUGGCUUACAGGACUAGUGGGAAGCUAAAAUGCCACUGGAGAAAUUUGCAGCUGUGUGGGUGACUGUAUAACUGCUCUUAUUCAGCACCAUUUAGGAUUGGUAAAUGCAAUUCCAAGAUAAAUCAGCGAUUAGAAAACAAAUUAGAAAUUAGAAAACACUUAGUGUCCUGAAAAUUCUCCAGGAACGAUGCUGACAAACUAUAUGCUCUACCAUAACUCGUUUAUCCUGCGGAGCUUAUCCAAACACAAAGCGUUUAAUACAGAUAUGCCUCAUUUUAGGAAAGUACAAAGGCAUUUCUUGUCAUUUUCCUUUUCUUUUAAAAAGCAUCAUAGAGUAUUUAGCAGCAGGGUAAUAAGUGGCUUGGACAGUACAAUGAACCCCAGAGGGUGAAAUAACACCCCUUUAGCUAGUUUCUGUCAACUGUUAUUUCAGUAGGUACAGGACCAUAUAUGUAGUCAGACCAACAUAACAAUAAUUUUAAAAAUGAUUUUUUUUGGGGGGGGGAGGAUGGGGAGCACCAGGUGGGCAGGCAAAUAAAGAAGGACACACAGGAACAAAAAGGCAUGGCGAAGUAAUGUAAAACUAUAGUUUGUUAAAGAAAUAGGUGAUCUGAGCAACCUGCUGGGUUCUUUUUGUUGUAUGACUUGAAUCUUAAGCUGCAGUCCAGUACACAUUUAACCUGGGAGUAAGGCCCUUUGAACUCAGUAUUACUUACUUCCAAGGAAGCACUCAUAGAAUUGCCCUGUUAUAACGAUGCAUUGCAGUUACACAACUUUUUUUCUCAGAAGUAAAAGCCCCAAGGGUCUGCCCCUGUAACACACAUGAGGUAGAAUCUAUAGAACACAUCCUUUUGUUCUGUAAUUUUUAUGCUGGAAUUUGGAAGCAUACAGUUGGCGCUUUACUGACCAAAUUACCAGGGAGGUCAGAUCAGUUUAAUGUUUAAUAUUUAAUGCAAGAUAAAAUCCUGAGGAUAUCCCUGAUAGUGACUAAAUUUCUAUCAGUAGCAGUGAAAACAAGAGAAUAACUCGCCAUCUGAAUCUGGAAGGACUAUUUCCAGGGGCCAAGCAGAGGUUAUUAUGUCGCACUUCUGAAUAUGUUUUGCUCUAAGAUUCUGAUGUACUGUGUAUGUUUUAAUUUUAUUUCUGGCCUAUUGACAGUAAUCAAUUGAAUGAAUGAUUGACAUAUUGACUUAAUCUACUAAAUUUUCUUACUGGUGGCUUCAAUCAGAUACCUAUAUUUUCCUUAUAGCCUGAUCUUGCCAGUAGCACAGCGAAAAAGGUCUGCAUAAUUGACGAGAUCGGUAAAAUGGAGCUCUUCAGCCAGUCCUUUAUUCAAGCUGUCCAUCAAAUUCUGACUGGAUCAGGAACUGUGAUUCUUGGAACGAUCCCAGUGCCUAAAGGAAAGCCCUUGGGGCUUGUGGAGGAGAUCAGAAGUAGAAAGGAGGUGAAGGUCUUCAAUGUAAGUAGGCUGAAGGUCCACUGAGCAAGUUUUCAUCUUUUGCCCAUUGUGAAGUCUAGCCCAGUUUUAGCAAUCAGCUCUUACCACCAUUUGGUUUGUGUUCUGGACAGGAUUGCAUGUCCUUUGGAGGAAUAGGUUUCCUGCUUGUGAGGGGCUCAUAGUUCUAUCUUUGUCACUAGAGAUGAUGGGGAUUGAUCUUGGGAUCUUCUGUGGGCUAAGCAUGUCCUCUGCCAACAGGAUGGUGUGUCCUCAUGCACUCGGUUAUAGUCAUAUGUAAACCUUAGCUAUGGCGUUCAGCUAAUGAAAGUGGCUGGCUACAGAGACCUCUGUUCAUGGGUGCACCAGGGGCCUAGCCUGGUCAAUUAACUUGAGUUCUUGCCCUUUUGAAAGCCCCUCAGUCCAUUAGAUAUUUUAAGGGAAGACCUUAAAACAAAUGCAACACACUUUUUCUUUUUUGCUUGCCACUAGAGGUAGGAAAACAUUUCAGAUUCCUUGGGACCAGCAAUAGCAUCAGAAGUGUCCACAAAACCUACCGCUUUCCACCACAUUGCUCUCUUGUUGCUUGUUUGUGCCGGAAGACCUUUUAAUUCGUCUCCCUGCAUAAUAGCUCUUCCUCAUGUUUGUUUCUGGCACCUGGUAACAACAUGUCAAGGCCUCUUUAGAUUGCACCUCACGAAACCAGAAGUACCAGACACAAAAUCAAUGCAGGCAAAUGCCCAAGAUGUUCUUGAUUCAUUUGUGUCAAUUUAGUUUGAUAGAAUCUUCUAAGAAUAUGGAUUUAUAGUUCCACUUUCCCCCCCUAUCUCAUCAGCAGCUCCAUCCCCAGAUUGAUUCUGCAAGUUGAUCUUUGCCCAAACGUCUUUGGUUUCCCCCCACUUUAAAUUGUCCAAUAUAGCUCUUGCUAAUUUAGGUCAUGCAUGCUUGGGAUGCUCGUAGUGUUUUGCCUAUAAAAGCUUUCAGCCCUCUGGAAGGAGGAUUGUUGUGCCUCCUAUCCUUUCCAGGGCCCUCUUUUUCUCUGCAAACAUGGCAUAUAUAGUUCACUCAUUCAUAAUUUACAUGUCUUGCCUCUCUUUGCUAGUUUGGUAAUAUGCCAUCGACACCCACUGCACCUGGUUGCAUAUUUUCACAUCUGCAGCAGCACAUGCAGUCUAUUGAACCUGAUUGCUGUAAAGCAGUUAACAUACAAAUCGGGUAAUUUGGAGGUGGAUACCUUGGGGCCAGAAAGAAAAUUUCUCCCAUGGGGGAAUUACAGUGAAGAAAUUAUUAUCCACUUCCUCAGCCUUCCAUAUUGACAACUGUCACAAUCAGUGUUCGAAACUCCCAUUGUUCUAUGCCAGGCAUAGGAAAACUCGGCCCUCCAGAUGUUUUGGGACUACAAUUCCCAUAAUCCCUGACCACUGGCCCUGUUAGCUAGGGAUGAUGGGAGUUGUAGUCCCAAAAGAUCUGGAGGGCUGAGUUUGCCUAUGCCUGUUCUAUGCGCCUUUUGCAACAGGGAAUUUCAUUAGCGUGAGCAGUUUCUGAACUCUGGGCGCUGUACUGCACCUAAGAUGUCAGAUUAAAACUGCAGAGUGGAAGGAAAGGAGAACCUUUUUCUGCCUCUCUACUUCCAGCUACUCUCUGCAGACUGGAGAAGAGACCCUCUUAAGAAUAUUAGGGGGGUGGGCAGGGAAAGGACUAGACAAUGUGAAAAAUGAACAUAAUAUUUUAGCUGCAGUUCAUUCAUUUUCAGCUUUGUAUUCUUGCUAUAAAAAAGCACACCUAGACAUUCCCCUGAUGUGCCCAUAACCUAGGUUUAAGGUGCCAUUUAGCUCCUAGCUUUCAUAUCUCAGUUUCUAACACUGGUCACAAUAAAUGGCCAGCAAUGUUAACUAAUCCAUUUUUUUUUUUUCUGAUUCUAGAUUACAAAGGAGAAUAGAGACAGCAUUUUGCAAGAUAUUGUGGCAGCUGUGCAGAGCUGCCUAAAAUGAUGCACACCAUUUUAUGUGUUCUUUCCAUCCCAGUGCAACCUCCAUCCUUUUUCUUUUUCAAAAUAAUGUUUAUUAAAGAUUUUCCUCGUUUACAAAAGCACGUGCAUUGUCUCUUUCUUCAGGUUGCGUUUUCUGCACAUCAGUUGCAUUUGUCGUGAGACAUAGGUGUUAUAUGCAGUUUAGGGCUGGGAAGAAAAGAGGGGGUAACGGGAGAAGGGGGUGGGGUGGUAAAGCUUAUGUUCAUUUACUUAGUGUAUGUGUGGGGUUUUUGUGUCAGCGUCACUUGGGUAGGUUCUCUUUCUAUUUAUGUUAUGUUUCCUUGGUGAGAGAGGUUGGCGUGGCCUAGGUUGUGGUUGAUUGUCCUUGGUUGACUGCAGUGGGAUUUGUUUGUGUGUGGGGGAGAGUUGUUUGGUUAAGUUAGCCAUUUUGAAUCGUAUGCUGUCAGUGGGUUCAUGUUGUUGUCUUGUUGGGCUGUUUAUGUGAUAAAGGGGAGCCAUACCAGAAUGAAGGCGUCCUCGUCUAUUUGUCCCCAUGUCGGUUUCAGUCUAUUGGUUAGUUUUUCUAGUAAGGCUGUUUCCCAUAUUACUUGAUACUAGUGUUCCAUGUUUAUUCCUGACAGGUCCCUCCAGUGUCUGGCUAUGAUGUUUCUGGCUGCUGAGAGUAGGUGGGGCAACCUCCAUCUUUGAAACUCUAUUGUCUUUGAAUAUGCAGGUGUGAAUUGUGAUGUUUCACAUUUGUGGCCUGCCAUUGAUUUUCAAAUCAGACGGUUCAUUUGCAGUUAAAAUAAGAGCCAGCAAAUUGAUCUUAAGACCUGAAAGUAAAGCUGUUGGAUUAUUAGCUUUGCAAUACGGAUGGGAGGCCAGACUCUGAAUUGAGUUGUACCUAACUUUGGUCUACAUGAGUAGUGAACCAAUUUGACACAGUCCCACAUCAAAAUUAGUAUAAAUAGGUUCAGAUGUUUUCAGCUGUAGUAUCCUGAUGGAAUUGGAGAAAUUUCUCUUGAUAUAAAUCCUUGCAAACAGUUUGUAUCCUGUUUCUACCCAUGCCCUGUACACAAAUGUACAGUAGGCACAUACCUGAAUUGCACAUGGAAUGCUCUUUAGGCAAAUCAGUUAAGAAACACAGAUAUAUCAGCUCGACUUAUCUCUCAGUGUAAGUGAAGAAGAAAAAUAUGAUAUGGGAUCCAAGGGAUACUCCUAUUCAUCUUUCUAGUGUUCUUUUGGGGUUAAAAAAACAAGCCUAACUUUAUUCCGCUGAUGUGAUAUUUGAUCAGGAUUCUGCCAAGUUUUUCAGUCGUUUGCUUGCUAGCUCUUCAGUUUCCAAAUCUCUGGUAGGUAUUUCAUUCAUUAAACUAUAAUAUUUCUCAUGUAAGCCAACCUUUUUCUAUAACUCAGCUUGACUUCUGGUGGUGCUAGUUAAACAAUUAGUGUCCACUAAUGCUUAACCAUUUUUGUUUUGUUUAGCACCGUUUUGUUAAUAAAGGAACUACCUGUAUAAAUUACUGUGGCACAGCUUGUGUCCCACAAGACCUAUGAAUGGUGUUCAGGAAAAGUGUUUACCACUUAAUCAGUUUUGCAUGUCAUGAAAGCUAAAUUCCCAGCCAGGUGCACAUUUGUUUUCAUGCAUUGUGUGGUGUUCCUUGGCUAUAGCAAAAUUUGUAAAGGAAUUUAGCCCUUUUCUUCCUCUGCCCUGCAUAUAUGAAGUGUAACAAAUACUGAAUCAAUACAUCCCUUGGUUAACACAAUAUGGAAACCUGCAGUGUCUUCAAAGCCAUUUAUAUGGAUACCAGGUUAGAAUCUGUCUACAAUAGCAAAAAGACAGUGGGUGCACGUUUUCCCCAUAGGACUAUCCUGCUACCAGCUCUACCUUAUUGAAGGUGCUUAGAAGUCUGCUCAUGGACUUGACAGUAAUGAACGAGUCUCCCCUGCCCCACAUACUUGUGGUAAAGGCUAAUUAUAACUGCAGUCUGCUACUAGACUCCUGCAAUAUUAUGACCUCACUCAAUUUUCUCACCACUUAAUAUUGAGAGUGAGCUGGAAGUGGGAAACUGGCAGCCCUGUUUCAUAGACGAUAUCUCUGUUCAUUAUAUUUGGCAUCACGAAAGAACUUUCCCCAAGUAGUACUGACAAGGUUUUUUCUCCUUUCCUUGCAAUGUGUGUCCCAAUUCCCCUGAGAGUCACUUCUUGCUAUUGCAGGUGUUCUGUGCGUCAUACUGAUAUCAUUUUAAGACAUCAGUAUCCCACGAAUGCAGCGUGACUAUUUCAAACGUGUAUCAAUAAAGGAAGAAACUGGAUUAGGAGAAUGAACCCAGUGGUUUGCGGGUAGCCUUAAUGAGCAAGUUUCCCACUCUGUUUUUGUUUCAUGAGACCUUAUGUUGACAAUAGUACAUUAUCUGCUUUUGGAAGGUCCAAGAGCACUAUGAUACAAGAAGCAGCCCUACAGCAAAUAACUCAUGAGUCUGGUCUCCACGGCACUGGUGUAUCUGCAGAGCUCUGAUUAAAGUUGCGUUGCACCUGUGGAUUUUAAUUGGUAUAACAGGAAGAGCAUAAUUUGUGCUUGAUCUUCUCCACGGGCCUAUGCAUCAAGGCCAUUCAGCACGUAUGUUUGUAGAAAUUCGAGCCAAGAAAAAGUAUCCAGAUGGAGUAACAAAGGCUGUUUUGUUCAACUUGUGUUGGGUCUAUUAUGUAUUUAUUUUGCACUCAGGAUUUCCGAAGAAAGAAUUUUGUAAUGUUUGCAGAAGUUCAAAGGCAGUAACACGAGAUUUUUAGGGAGAUUCAGUGGUGGAAAUGCAAACAGCGCUAUUUCAUUAAGGACCUAGGAGGAGGGAAAAGAACAAUUCCAUUUUUUAAGAAUUCUGACUGUUGAAGCAGAAGCCCACUGAACACAGCUUUCCUCAGCUCCUCUACUUUUGUGCCUGGAUGUUGCAUUUUACCUGCUUCAGAAAGAAAAGAGAAGCAGAAAUUGGCCAGGAAUGACUACACGUCAACAAUGACCACUCAGUGAUUUUACAGAAAGUGUUUUCUGUCUGCCUCAGUUCUCCAUGGGAAGACUAACCUUCACAGUUCACUUAUAGUGUUCUCGGAGCCUCUAUAAAGAACCAAGAAUGGAUGAAGUUAUCUCUGGCUUUUUUCUACACCGGCUUCUGUUCCCAUAGAAGCAGCACAUCUGUGUGUGGAAUGAGGGGUGACGAGAGCCAUUAAAGCAGCUGUUCACCAAGUGAAGGAACACCUGCUGGGUGCAAUGGAGUCUCAAGUUAUUUCACCAGUACAAGCAGAGUGAAAACAUCUUGCACUAACACAAUAAAUUGAUCUGGCCAGCAUUAGUAGUGACUCGCUGUGCUAUGGCUUGGUGUUCAGUAUCGUGAGACUGACUUCUGAGUGGUUUCUGCUGUGAAUACUACCCUCCCUCAAGCUAGUUCUGGCUGUGGAAUAAUAAUAAUAAUAGUAAUUUAUUACAUUCCUUCAUCUGUAGAUCUCAGGCUGAUUCACAACAAAAAAGUUCUAUAUAAAAAAGAUAGAGUACAGAAUACAAAUAAGAACAAAAGCAAACCAAUAAUGCCCCCUCCCACAACACAUUU